AUGGGUGUUACUAAGACUAUUCUCCAAGAAGGCAGUGGCCCCUCUCCAAGAGUCGACGAUACUGUCACCAUUGAGUACACCGGCUACCUUAAGGACACCUCCAAGCCUGAUAACAAGGGCAACAAGUUCGAUUCCUCCGCCGGCCGUGGUGCUUUUCAAACCCAAAUCGGAGUUGGCAGAGUCAUCAAGGGUUGGGAUGAGGGAGUUGUUACCAUGAAGCUCGGAGAGAAGGCCACGCUGGAUAUUACCAGUGACUACGCAUAUGGUGCCCGCGGCUUCCCCGGUCACAUCCCACCCAAUGCAGACCUUAUUUUUGAUGUCGAACUCCAGAAGAUCAACUAG